AUGUCCGACAGACCUGAAGGGCACAAGCGCUCCCGCAGUGCCCUGGCGCUUGCCCUCCUGCAUCGCGACAAGUCCAAGGGCGAAGACAAAGAAACAGACGAUAGUACCGACAACGCUUCAGUCGGCACGGCCUCGUCGAAUGGCUCGCCGUUAACCCACCACCGCAGCACCAGCCGCAGCCGCCUGAGCCGAAAGAAGACCGUCUCUCCUCCUGAACCCCUCCUCGAGCACACCCCUCCAACACGAGCUACCAAAGUACCGACGGCGACCUUGUCUCUUGAUCAGUCAGUGCGGACCUUCCGUUUGUUUGAGAUCCUGCGGAGUGGUGAUACUACUGCCAUCUCCAAGGCUCUUAAGGAGUCGAGCGAUCCUCAAGUGGCACACAACUUGUACGGAACUACCAUCCUCCACCUGGCCCUGCAGUGUGCCGAGCCCCAGGUCGUCGAGUUCGUACUGUCCUCGAGCGAGGACUUGGAUAUCAAUGCGCGGGACCGUGAGGGAAAUACUCCGCUGCAUCUGGCCGCACAGCUUGGCCGUGUCGCUCUCGUCAAGGACUUGCUGAGUCGGCCAUCUGUCAAUGAUGCGAUCGUCAACUACCGCGGCCAGACGGCUCUGGAUGUUGCCCGUACGCCGGAGAUCUUCCAGCAACUCCAGCUUGCUCGCUCGCUUUUCAUCGACAGCAAGACGCAGGAGAUCCAAGCCCUGGUUGCCAAGGGCGAUUACGAUAACCUGGAGAAGUUGCUCGAGGAGCCCCGCGUCGAGGGCAUCAUCGAUGUUAACAGCCUGGACCUAGUCACGGACCCGACUACUGCGCAGACUGGCGGUACCUUGCUUCACGAAGGAGCUCGUAACAAGAACGUCCAGCUUAUUGAGCUUCUGUUGACGCACGGGGCGGAUCCGUUCCGUCGCGAUAAAAGGGGGAAGCUCCCGCAAGAUGUUACCAAGGAUGACAAGACGCGGGCUAUGCUGAAGAAGUCACCUGCGGCAGCGAUUGCCCAGCGCGGUAUUCAGGAGAAGGCUAUCCUGGGGAAUAGCAAUGCCCAAGGAUUGUCCGGUCGUGUCUCGAUUGGCGAGGCACCCCUGGCUGGAAAGGAUGCCCGCGAGAUGAAGGGUUAUCUUAAGAAGUGGACCAAUUAUACGAGUGGUUAUAAGUUGCGGUGGUUUGUUCUGGAGGAUGGUGUGCUGAGCUAUUAUAAGCAUCAAGAUGAUAUCGGCUCUGCUUGCCGUGGAGCUAUUAAUAUGAAGAUUGCUCGGUUAAGCAUGGAUGCUCAGGAUAAGACUCGCUUUGAGAUUCACGGCAAGUCCUCUGUCAAGUAUCACCUCAAGGCGAACCAUGUUGUUGAGGCGAAGCGCUGGUUCUGGUCAUUGAACAAUGCCAUCCAAUGGGCCAAGGAUGAAGCCAAGGAAGAGGAGAGGCAGCGCUCGCAGAACGCGGAAGCCCUUCGUCAGGCAAAGAUCGAUCAGACCGAGGGACGUUCCACGGGGACUCCCUCUGAAUCUGGCCUGAGCCACAAGCCUAGCACAAAGGGCUCGGCUCCUCCGUCUCUAGGCAUUCCUGGCGGUAGCAUGACGCGGCUUAGCACUCAUACUUCGCGCACUACUCUUGAUACUACCCCUGCGGAUGAAGACGGCUCUGUCUACGGUUCAGUUGACCAGAGUACAUCUCCGAAUGAGGUGAACCGUGUGACCAGCCAUGUUCCAAGCGGCCCCGAUGGGGAAGCCGAAGAAGAUGAUUAUGGAGACUAUGCUUCCAGCCACGAGGAUGCGCCAAAUGAGGACAAGGAUGCCCUCAACAUCACUGCGCAGUCUGCCAAGCUCCAGUUGGAUCUCCUGGCCAACGUUGCCGCCUCUCUACAAGCUGAACGGGCUAAGAACCCUGAAGUGUCGAUUUCAGACCCGGCAGUCGAGCAGGCACUAGGUGCUUAUGAGGCUGCCGUCAGCAGCCUCAAGGGUCUAGUGCAGAAUCUCCUGAAGAUCUCACGGGAUCGCGAUUCCUACUGGCAGUAUCGAUUGAACCGUGAGGAGUAUCUCCGUCAAAUGUGGGAAGAAAGCAUGGCCCGCGUCGCUCAGGAGCAUGAGGAAUUGCAGUCCAAGAUGGGUGAGUCUGAGGAGAAGCGCAAACGGACCAAGAAGGCUCUGAAGGAGGCUUUGGAGAACGCGACAGCUAGUAGCCGCUCGAUGAGUGGCCCGCCGUCUCGCAUGCCGAUGGACGGUUCUGCAACUUUGGAGUCCAGCCAGCCUCAGAUUCGGGAGUUGGAAGGUACCGAGGGAGAUGAGCAGACUGGCCAGGCCCCCAUCGAACCUACUCUCGUCCGGAAGCCGUCGGUUCUGUCGCGGAUUAGUAGUCUGUAUGACUCUGAAUCGGACGGAGACGAGUUCUUUGAUGCUAUCGAUGCGGGUGAGAUUGAGAUCGAGGAAUUCCAAGAGAGCAAGGAAGCCGAGGAGCCUCAGGACGAGAGCGCUCAGGCUCGCGCGAACAAGCUCGCUGUCGUUAAGGGUUCUUUCAAGGGUUAUGAAGAGCCCGUGCGUGAGCGUCUGAAGAUGGACAACGAUGACAGGCCUAAGAUUUCUCUCUGGGGUAUUUUGAAAUCCAUGAUUGGAAAGGAUAUGACCAAGAUGACCUUGCCGGUGUCCUUCAACGAGCCUACUUCCUUGCUGCAGCGUGUUGCGGAGGAUCUGGAGUAUACCGACCUGCUUGAUAUCGCUGCGGACAGGGCCGACUCUAUGGAACGUCUGGUUUAUGUUGCCUCCUACGCUGCUAGUGAGUAUGCUUCGACUAUCGGGCGUGUGGCGAAGCCGUUCAACCCGCUUCUUGGUGAGACUUUUGAGUAUGUACGGCCCGACAAGGGCUACCGGUUCUUCGUAGAACAGGUUAGCCACCACCCGCCAAUUGGUGCUGCGUGGGCUGAGUCGCCCAAGUGGGAUUACUGGGGCGAGUCUUCUCUCAAGUCCAAGUUCUACGGAAAGUCCUUCGACAUCAACCUCCUCGGCACUUGGUUCCUCAAGUUGCGUCCUAUUACCGGCGGCGAGGAGCUGUACACCUGGAAGAAGGUCACCUCUUCUGUGAUUGGCAUUAUUACUGGAAACCCUACCGUUGAUAACUACGGUCUGAUGGAGAUCAAGAACUGGACCACUGGUGAAGUCUGCUACCUGGACUUCAAGCCUCGUGGUUGGAAGGCCUCCUCCGCCUACCAGGUCUCUGGUAAGGUCGUUGAUCGCAACGGCUCUCCCCAAUGGACUAUUGGUGGUCGCUGGAACGAUAAGAUCUACGCUCGCCACACCCCCGGCUUCGAAGCCCCCGUCUCCGGCCAAGAUCCCGAGUCGGCCAAGACCCUGUUGGUCUGGCAGGCGCACGCCCGUCCAACGGGUAUACCUUUCAACCUGACACCCUUCGUCAUUACUCUGAAUGCCUUGCCCACGGGAUUGAGGGAGCACCUCCCUCCUACUGAUACCCGACUCCGUCCUGACCAGCGUGCAAUGGAAGAUGGCGAGUAUGACCUUGCUGCCACCGAGAAGCACCGCGUCGAGGAGAAGCAGCGUGCAAAGAGGAAGGAACGUGAGGCCAGUGGUGAAAUUUAUAAGCCCCAGUGGUUCAUCCGUGAUAGAUGUCCCACGACUGGGGAGGAGUUCUGGGCUCAUAAUGGCAAUUACUGGGCUAGCAGAGAGGCUCAUGAUUGGAGUCGGUCGGAGGAUAUUUUCUAA